AUGUAGAAAAAACUCUCUAAAAAUUACAAUUUGAAGGAUGGUUAAUAUUGUAAUUAAAUAGAGUAAAUUAAACCAAUGGUUUAAAGUGAGAAAGGAAAUUUAAAUUGGUUUAUAUCAAUCAACAUCAGCAAGGAAGGUAAGGAGAGAGAAUUGAUUGAAAAUCUAAUCCUUAUUUAGUGA